AUGCACUACGCCAUCGGUCACUCUGGUCGGCAGGAAGGCCACGUGCAACAGCCACUUACCAGUGAUCUGAGUUUAACAAGCUCUGUGGACGCCAAAAUGGAAGGAAGUUUGACGCGCGUGGGUGAGGUUACAGUGCAAGGGUGUCGAGAAAGUAAUAAUGGCAUUAUUUUAAUGGAUAUGGGCAAUCCAAUUUCCAGUCAAGCACGGAAACCACGACUGGACGUGUGUGUCGGCUUUCACAACGACCUCGCAGCAGAUACCAUUUCGACUGAGACUGGAAGCUCUGGUGCUGAGACGCCUUCGACUAAGACCCCGUCGACAGAGACCGAGAGCUCCGGCACAAAACUGAAGAUCCUCGACCUCGCAGUUUCCUUCCUCUGUGUCGGGCACGAAUGGUGGAGGCUGCGAUAUCCGUCGCGCACAAAACCUCCUUCAAUAAGCUAA